AUGAGUUUAGUGUGCUCUUUGAUGGCACUUGUGACACAGUUAACACAUCAAAGUGUGCGUAUCCUUUGCUCAUGCGUGUCUAUUCGGUAACAUUUUAUUAGUCAAGGGAUACGAACAAAGUGUCAGCCAUUCAGCUGGAUGAUUUAUUAAUUAAUGAAUUAAAUUACUCUCAAGUAAAGUACAAUUGUAGAGUUAGCUAUUGCUCGAGCCAUUGUUGUUGUUAUUGUUAUUAGUACUGUUAUUGUUAUCAAGUAGCAUUAAAAUGAUUUAGCCGUAAGUGUUGAAGAUAACUGGCUCGUAAAGUGGGAAUUUGAAUAAAUUUAGGGGCGAUUGUGAUCGAUUAGGCCCGAAGCGAAGCCUGAACCUGAGUUAUUGACCCCUGGUUCGUGAUCUCAGAGAACAGUAGACGAUUUGCCUGCUGUUUUAUCGGCAAUAUCUCAUUUCCGUUCGUCAAUCAUUCAUGCCUUCAGUCGUAAGUCAUAACUUGGAGAUCAAACGAUUUAUACUACAGAUUAAUUUUCAUUUAUAUUUAUGAGGUAUUAUAAGACAGACACACACACGAGCUUGUUUCUGGACUGGUGCAGCGACACACUAAAAUGAGAUAUUCCACUCGAAAGAAAAGUUCUUAACGAGGUAGAGCUUGAGUGAACCAUUGGCUUCCUAAUUGCAGAAACAGCUCUCCAAGAGCAACUGAAUAAAAUAAUAACAGCAAUAUUAUUAAUAAUAAUAACAACAACAACUGGAAAAACAAUAUGACAAAGAGGUUUGAGUUUAAUUGGCAGAUCGAGGUACCGGAGGCUCUGCGCAAUGGAUGUGUGUUUGAUCGGUGGACUGAGGAGAAGGACAAUACUGAACUCGAGCUUAAUUGUCUCUUCAAGGUUGAUGAGUAUGGGUUUUUCAUUUACUGGCAAAGCGAGGGCAAGGACGGCGACGUCAUCGAGCUGUGUCAAGUGAGCGACAUACGGGCUGGAGGUGUACCCAAGGAUCCGAAGCUGUACGAUAAGUUGGUAGGCAAGCACGGCGAACAACUUGAUGAUAAAAGUCUUGCCAUAUGUUCCGGAGUCGAUUACACAAAUAUUAAUUACCAACAUGUUGUCUGUCCUGAUGUUAACACUGCUAAGAUAUGGUUAGCUGGAAUAAGACGUAUCACUCACAAUGUCAAAGCCAAUAAUGUAUGUCCGCUGACUUGUUUAAAAAAACAUUGGAUGAGACUGAGAAUGCUGGUUGAUCCCAAUGGAAAAGUUCCUGUGAAGGUUGUUGCAAGAACUUUUGCCUCUGGAAAGACUGAGAAGUUGGUCUAUCAGUGUCUGUCUGACUUGGGUUUGCCGAGUGGCAAGAACGACGUCAUAGAGCCAGACGACUUCACAUUUGAUGCAUUUUACGCCCUCUACCAUAAAAUCUGCCCACGUAAUGACAUCGAGGAACUUUUUCAAUCCAUAACCCAAGGCAAAGCAGAUACAAUUAAUUUGGAACAAUUGAUAACUUUUCUGAAUGAGAAACAACGUGACCCAACUUUAAAUGAAAUUCUCUAUCCCCUUUAUGACGAAAAGCGAGCUUUUGAAAUAAUUAAUGAUUACGAGCAGAAUGAAAGCUAUAGAAAUCAAAAGACAAUGACUAAGGACGGAUUUAUCAGAUAUUUAAUGUCCGAUGAGAACGCUCCAGUUUUUCUUGACAGAUUGGACGUCUAUAUGGAUAUGGAUCAGCCCCUGGCCCAUUAUUACAUCAAUUCCAGUCAUAACACUUAUUUGAGCGGCAGACAGUUUGGCGGAAAAUCUAGCGUCGAAAUGUAUCGCCAGGUUCUGCUCGCCGGUUGCAGGUGCGUCGAAUUGGAUUGUUGGGAUGGGAAAGGUGAAGACGAAGAACCGAUAAUAACUCAUGGGAAAGCAAUGUGCACGGCGAUUCUCUUCAAAGAUGUUAUUUAUGCAGUCCGGGACACGGCAUUUGUGACGUCUGAGUACCCGGUGAUACUGAGCUUUGAAAAUCACUGCAGCAAAGCUCAACAGUACAAAUUAGCUAAAUACUGUGAUGAAAUAUUAGGCGACUUGUUGCUAAAAGAACCACUAAAAGAUUAUCCGUUGGAACCGGGUGUGCCGCUCCCACCACCGAGUCUUCUCAAGCGUAAGAUUCUCAUCAAGAAUAAGCGACUGAAACCGGAGGUUGAGAAACAAGAAUUAGAGCUCUUCAAACAAGGUCAAUUUAUUAUCGAGGAUGAGAUCAAAGAGGAUGCUAGUGCACCGGCUGUUGUGGCGGGAGUUGUUGAACAACAAUCGGUAGACUCUGCAGUUGUAGACGUUGUUGCCGUUCAGCAAAACUCAUCAAAUUCUGGCGUGGGUCCAACUGGUCUGGGUGACAGCAUCGAGUUGGCUGUCGUGCAACCCUACACCGGCAGUACUACCAACGUCCAUCCCUGGCUAUCUUCCAUGGUAAACUAUGCACAACCCAUAAAAUUUCAAGGUUUCGACGAGGCCGAACAAAAAAAUAUGCACUACCACAUGUCUUCCUUCGCCGAAAACACUGGCCUCAAUCAUCUAAAGACUUCGGCAAUUGAAUUCGUCAAUUACAACAAACGGCAGAUGAGCAGAAUCUAUCCAAAAGGUACCAGAGCUGAUUCAUCAAACUACAUGCCUCAGGUCUUCUGGAAUGCCGGGUGCCAAAUGGUCUCGUUGAAUUUUCAAACGGCCGACCUCCCAAUGCAAUUGAACCAAGGGAAAUUCGAAUAUAACGGAUCGUCAGGCUACUUGUUAAAGCCCGACUUUAUGAGACGUGCUGAUCGAAGCUUCGACCCGUUUGCCGAGAGUCCAGUUGAUGGUGUUAUCGCAACUUCGUGUAGCGUCCAGGUUAUUGCCGGGCAAUUUCUGUCUGACAAAAAAGUUGGCACCUACGUUGAAGUGGAGAUGUACGGGCUGCCAACAGACACGAUCCGGAAGGAGUUCCGUACCCGAGUCGUUCCCGCAAAUGGUCUAAAUCCGGUUUACAAUGAGGAGCCUUUUCUCUUCAGGAAAGUCGUGCUGCCGGAUCUGGCGGCUCUCAGGUUCGCGGUUUACGACGAGUCCAAUGGAAAGCUUCUUGGUCAGAGGAUUGUUCCUCUGGAUGGGUUGCAGUCCGGGUACCGGCACAUUGCACUGCGCACAGAGGCUAAUUUCCCCAUGUCACUCCCUAUGCUCUUUUGCAACAUUGAGAUUAAAAUUUACGUGCCCGAUGGGUUCCAAGAGUUCAUGGAUGCCUUAACGGCUCCACGAGCGCCGAGAAAGACAGAAAUUCCAACACAGCCCCGUGUACGGGGUUUAGAUGAAGGCGAUAGCAAGCUAUCAGGGGAUUCAUCUCAAGCACGAUCUAAUGAAGCCGCUAAGCCGAGAGAGACAAUGGAUUUUGAGCCAAUAACCGUGGAAGCACUGAGCCAAGAAAAAUCUUACCAAAAAUUAGUCCGUAAGCAGCAGAAAGAGUUGGAGUCUUUCAAGAAACGCCAGUCAAAAGAAAGAAAUACCGUCCAGAAGCAGCAGUGCGCUGCUAUAGAGAAGCUUAUAAAGGGAAAAAACAAAGCGGAAUUAUCGAGGGAUCCGAUCGUUCGUAGAGCGGUCUCAGAGCAGACGACUCAGUGGUCCCAUCUGACGGAGAGACAACGGAGAGAGGAACGCGACCUGGUGCUGAGCCACUUGGAGGAUCGGAGGACGCACCUGCGCAAACUCUGUCUGGCUGCCCAAGCGAACCAGUGCAAGAUUCUGACGACGAGGCACGAAAGAGAGAUCAAGGAGUUAAACGCUCGGCAAGCCAGGCUUUCGGUAGAGAGCACUCGGGAGGUGAUGAACGACAAAACUCUCAAGAGUCGCGGUAUCAAGGAGGGGAGGCUCAGAGAAAAACAGCAGAACAAUACCAAGAGAUUUAUGGAGGAGCGUAAAUUUGCCCAGAUGGUUCAGAAUCGGGAGAGAGAGAAGCUCAAGAUGAUACACAAUGAGCAGCUUGAGGAAUUGCAGAAGGAAAUGAAUGGGAUAGUGGAGAUGCAUAAGAAGCAAGAAAUCGAGUGCGAGUUGGGUCCAAAGAAUGAAUUCUACGUGUGAUUAAAAAUGCCGAAAUAAAUUAUAGUUUCUUGUCAAAUAGAUUUAAAAAAGUAAAUAAUUAAAACUAGCCUAUAGUUAUUUAUUAAAACUAAGUAGAGAAUAACUGAAAAAUAAUAAUAAAUCUCAGAUAAUUUAUAACUGUCGUUAAACUAUUGGAAUUGGGAACAAGUCUUUGCGUUAGUAUGGUCUCGUGUACCUAGCUCUGUCUUGCAUCACCCGCUCGACGUGGAGAGUAAACAAACUGACAAAAAAAAUUUAAAUAAAUAAAUAAAGGAAUCAAUAGUCCUAAAUAAAAUAUUUUAAAAAUAUAAAUAGCGGUGUGCAAAUAAUGCGACUUUAUUAAUUUUUCGUAUAAAAUCGAAUAUUGAUGUUCAACUUUGAUUUUCAAUCGAGUUAUUUUAAAAAGUCUCUACAAAUUAUUCAAAAAAUCGGAACUGUCGUAAAACUCUUAAAUUUAUCCUUGAGGUAAAAAUUAAAUAUUCAAAAUUUGGAUAUUGACAAAUAAUUUAAAAUGUCAAAAAUAUAAAUGAUCCGAUAAGAGAUCAAAGUAGAAUAUAAAUAUCACACUCGAAUACUAUCAGCACAUCCAGGAUAAAUAAAUAUGAAAAUAAAUCUAAAAUAGUUUAUUUAGCAAGAGUGUCCGGUUAUUUAUUUAAUAAUGGAAAAAAGUCGUCUGUCCACUUUUGUGCCAUUAAGUGUGUAGAUUGUUUAAUUGACUGCGCACAAUUGCCUAUAAAUAUAAAUAUAAAUAUAGUAUUUAAAUAUUACACGCACUCGUAGGCAUUAAUUGUUAUAAUUUAUAAAUAUUUUUGGACAUUCACCGGAUGCUUUUAUUAAACAAGCUAUAAAUAUAAAUAUAUGUAUACAUAACAAUACGUGCGUAUAUUUAUAUAAAUUAUUCGGCGAUAAAGUUGUAGCUCAUCUCUUCUUAAUAUUUUUUUAUAAGAGUCUAUUAAAUUUAUUCCACGUUGUAGCGUGAGCAUAUAGAUCGAGCAGUCAAUAAAUAAUAAAUAAAUAAAUAAAUAAAUAAAUAAAUAUAUGAUUAAAUGAAUAAACAAAGUGAUCUAGUCAAACAAAGUCUUUAGAGUAAUUUUCAAGGGAACACGUAGACGGUCGCUUCGUGUUUUAUCUGCCGUCAACUUUAAUAAAAGUAAAUUAUUUGUAGACUACUAUAAUAUAAAUAUAUAAAUAUUACCUACUGUUAUAGAAUAAAACGAAAAUUUUAUCGAUCAAAAGUAAAUAAAGUAAAAAAUAUUAAGUAUGGACUUGUACGUGGAUAUUUUGCGCUGGCAAAUAACAUUGUACAUAUAUUAAUAUAAUAAAUUACUAAAUAAGUUUAAAUAUAAAUAUUGUCUAGCGAUUCACGGUUCUAUUGUUGGUUUUCGCUAUCGUAAUGUUAUUUACAUAUUAAUAAAUUAUUAUAAUUAAACAUUGAUUAUUUUGAAUCUGUAUAUUGAAUCUAACGACGAGGAUCAAAUAAAGAGAUCGUAGGCCUCUGACAGCAAA